AAUGCGCAUGCGCGUACACGUCAGAAGAAGAGCUGAGUUGGAGGAUCAUGGCGGAGCGCAGGAGGCACAAGAAGCGGAUCCAGGAGGCGAGUGAGCCCACCAAGGAGGAGAAGGCGGUGGCCAAGUAUGUCCGGUUCAACUGCCCCACCAAGUCCACCAGCAUGAUCGGCCACCGGGUGGACUACUUUGUCGCCUCCAAGGCUGUGGACUGUCUGCUGGACUCCAAGUGGGCCAAGGCCAAGAAGGGGGAGGAGGCCCUGUUCACCACCCGAGAGUCGGUGGUCGACUACUGCAACCGACUCCUGAAGAAGCAGUUCUUCCACCGCGCUCUCAAAGUGAUGAAGAAGAAGCCGGAGAAGGAGAUCAAGAAAGAGAAAGAGAAAGAGAAGGAAAAAGAGAAGGAGAAGGAGAAAGAGAAGGAGAAGGAGAAGAGCAAGGGGGACAGCAGCAAGGAGGAGGAGAAAAAGGGGAAAAAAGACAAAGAGAAGAAGAAGGACUCUGAUGAGGCUAAGAAGGAGAAGGGCGACGACAGCCCCGGCUCCCCCAAGAAGAAGAAGGACGCGAAGAAGAAGUUUAAACUGGAGCCCCACGAGGACCAACUCUUCCUGGACGGAAACGAGGUGUUUGUGUGGAUUUACGACCCGGUCCACUUCAAGACCUUUGCUAUGGGGCUCAUCCUCGUCAUCGCGGUGAUCGCGGCCACGCUCUUCCCCCUGUGGCCGGCUGAGAUGCGCGUGGGCGUGUACUACCUGAGCGUGGCGGCGGGCUGCUUCGUGGCUAGCAUCCUGCUGCUGGCCGUCGCCCGCUGUAUCCUCUUCCUGCUCAUCUGGCUGGUGACGGGCGGCCGCCACCACUUCUGGUUCCUGCCCAACCUGACCGCCGACGUGGGCUUCAUCGACUCCUUCCGGCCGCUCUACACACACGAGUACAAGGGCCCCCGCUCCAAGAAGGCCUCCGACAAGACGGACGCAGACGGGGACGCAGACGGGGACGGAGACGGGGACGGCGAUGGGGACGGAGACGGGGACGGCGAUGCCGAUGCGGACGCCGCAGUCGCGGACGCCAGCGCCCCGGUGACCUCCACCGCCGCCACCAGCAGCAGCACCUCCAGCCACGCCCCCGCCAAGACACACAAGUCAGACAGCGAUGAGAAGGACGGCGAGGAGGAGGAAGAGGAGGAGGAGGAGGAAGAAGAAGAGGAGGAGGAGGAUGAGAUGGUGAAGCCAGAGUGUCCGGAAGAGUCGGGGGAGGGGGAGGAAGAUGAUCCCGAGAAGAAGGAGGCAGGCGUAUCGGGAGCGGCGGCGGCGGAGCGCCACUCGGACACGGAGAGCGAGAGGCGCGAGGAGGACGGCUCGCAGCACAGCAACGGGAACGACUUUGAGAUGAUCACCAGGGAGGAGCUGGAGCAGCACACGGAGGAGGAGGAGGAGGAGGAGGACGAAGAGGAGCAGGAGGAGGAGGAGGAGGAGAAGAAGAAAGAGGCAGAGGAGCGAGGAGGCGCGGAGACGAAGCCUCUCGGCUGUUAAAACUAUAAACUCUAUUCUCUUCAUCGCCAGACCUCUCUCUCUUUACCUCUCUGUGUCCCUCUGUCUCUGUCCCUCUGUCUCUGUCCCUUCCUUCGGGGCGGUAUCCCCAGGACCGUCCUGCCCCCCCCCCUGCUGAACACUACCGGUCUCUCCGUAUCUCUCUUUCUGUCUCUCGGUACCUUCUAAGACCACCUUCUUCCACUAGACAUGCGACCAUACAGACCAGGUGUGAGCGAGGUUGGUGUCGGGGGGGGGGGGGGGGGGGGGGGGCGAGGACCACAACGGUGUUAAGGUGGAGCGACGAUGACAAUGGGGGGGGGGGGGGGGGGGGGGGGGGGGGGGGAUGAAAGAUGAAAGAAAACGAGUCGAAUAAGGCCCACACAACGGGAGCCUCUUGGUAGAAACCCAAAUCUUCACCGUCUUCUGCCUCUGGAAGGGAGGAGGGGGGGGGGGGGGGAAACUGCCAUGUUUUUGUUGCCUGAGGAAUGAACCUGUCUCCCUGAUCACUUCCCCUCCCCCUCCCCCGCCCACCGCCCAAAGGCCACUUCCUGCCUCCUACAUCACUUUAAACGGUUAAUGUUCCCGCCUCGCUUUGAUUGGCGCUGCCUUGAGCGGCGUGCCCUCUGGUGUGUUUGAACCAUGUCGUCCGGUUCCUGAUCUACGGAGACGCGCUGCCUGCUCCCUGCUCCCUCCUUCCUGUCGGUCAGUCCCAGUGUUCCUCAGGCAACACUUGAGCCGAGAGCGGACCAAUAGAAACGUCUGUUUAAACUAAUCUGAACCGGACCAAAUCAGCCUGCUUUCCUCUCCACCCGAUCUCCUGCCCAAUACCGGGACCCGAUCGCCCACCCACGUACCAGGACCUGAACCGCUUCCCUACCCCGUACCGGGACUAGGUCCCAACCCCCCCCCCACCCCUAUACCAGGACCCGAUCCCCCAACCGAGUGGGGGAGGCCCUUUGUCUCUCUGAAGGUGCUGAGAUGAAUGAGGAGACUCGGCGGGCCCUCUCUGUAAGGGACUCAGUCCAACAUGGCGUCCACCUUUUGAUGCAGCUCCAUCCCUUUUUCUUUUUUUGGAAACUGUGCAGAUUAGACGCGAUUUCCUUUGAUUUCUGUUGUCAGUUAAUUGUUGUCCUACAUAAUUGUCAAUAUUCCGAUUUACAACCGGGGGGAAAAUACAAGAAUUAUGCCGUCAAAAUCUAGUGCCAAAUGAACAUAGUACACCUUGGUUUAAUGUUACUAUGCAUUUUAAGCUCAAAGGAUGCAUUUCGGAAAAACUUUUUCGUUUGGUAACACUUAAAAAAUGCCACAUCCUAAACCUUUUUGUUUUUCUUUUUAAGCCCAGCAAAGGGUCCUAAUAUAUUCAGUUUGAUCUGAAAGACACAAGUCAAACGUGUCUGGACUGAUUUCACGAGUUAUCCCACGCCAACCGAUCCAUGAGUCCAGUGUCCUCUUUCUAGCUCAGGUGUGGAGAGGGGCGGGGCCUGAGGAGGCGUGGCUUUCUCUUCAGCCCCUCCCCCUGGCUGUAGUCUCCACUUGCCACCAACCACCUGAAAUGACCACGUCAUCCAUUUGAGAACCAAUGAGGCGCCCAGUGGUGUUUAGGAGGCGGGGCUACACCUGUGGAUCCAGGGUCUGCCACCACUUCCUGUGCUGACGCCAUCUUCUGGCGAGGAUCUUCUGCAUUUGUUUUAGUUUCUACUCACAGCGAGGAUAAUAUUUAAUUAUAUAUAUAUAUAUAUAUAAAAGAAUUGUAUCAUUUAUAAAUGGAUUUUAUUGAUAUCAUAUAUAUAUAUAUGUAUAUAUAUAUAUAUAUAUACCUGCAUUCAGUCCGAGACAUGGUGAAACAGCUUGUUCAUUUUGAACAGUGUAAUAUAGUCAGUAAAAGGAAUUGGUUUGGUUUAGUUUACUUGCUUCUGAUGUUUGAGUUCCUCCCCGGUAGCAAGCUAAUUGGCCAAUGAAGGGAUCCUCACGAGGGGCUUAAUUGUCGAAUUGUCGUCACUGUUAUUCUGAUGCUGUAACGUUGAAUGUCACUAAACAUUAAUGUCAGUGGUAUCAGAGUCGUCGCGUCGUUCGAUACUGUACAGCAAUGCUACGCGUGCCUCCCUCGCAGAACUAGUGAAUCAUUAAUGGGCAGAUUGGGCAACCAGUCGCUUGCAUUAUGUUGACCAACAUCUGCAGCUCCCCCCCAUGACAAUAUUGCAUAACGUGGCGAGUGCUUAUGAAAAAUGUGCGCGUGCGUGUCUAGACUCUUAGCGUAGAAACUCCAGACUUGUGAUCAUUUGAAUGUCCAGAAGUGAUAUCAACCCCCUUAUUUGCUUGACUUGUCAUUUUUUUUCUUUGUUUCCUCCCUCACUUUGAACGAACAUUGGAACACUCUGUAGGACCUCCACAGCCUAAAUUUCUCUCAAAACGCUCGGGAACCUCUUUUUUCAAGCCACUCCGCUCUUCACUUAUUCUUAUAUCUUUGUUUUGUUUGUUUUUUUUCGUUCUCGUUUUAGUUUUCAUGUCUCUCUUCUUUCUGUGUCGCGGUCUUCUGGAAGAACCGUGCCAGUAGUAGCAGCACUCUGAUGGUGUCGGAGCGUUCCAUAGACACACAAGCUAAUCUGUCCCUGAGUGUCGGUCUGUUGUGUGUUGUAUUACUCUAUUCUGCUGCUGCUGCUGCUGCUUCGCAUCGUGUCGCUUUCUGAACAUGUACAGACCCUUCCUGUUGGAUCUCUGGUCGGGAAAACAACAGUUUCUCACCCACUUAGUGGUUUUGGAUCGACGUAAUUUCCCACCCAAGACUGUCUCAUGCAAUAUUAUGAGUAAUUUAAUUGGAUGUCUUGAAAUAUAUCUAUAUCUUAUCAUUGCAAUAAAAAUCUAGAAAGCA